ACAUCCGGUGCUGGUUCCUGUCUUUUCCCUGUGUGAGCUGAAAGAUGGCGGUCGGCAAGAACAAGGGACUUUCGAAGGGAGGCAAAAAAGGCCUUAAAAAAAAGAUCGUCGAUCCGUUCAGCCGUAAGGACUGGUAUGAUGUAAAGGCACCGUCGAUGUUUAGCAUCCGUAAUGUCGGCAAGACCCUAGUGAACCGUACACAGGGCACGAAGAUUGCUUCGGAUGGACUCAAGGGCCGCGUCUACGAGGUUUCCCAGGCCGAUCUUCAGACCGGUGAAGAUGCCUUUCGCAAGUUUAAGUUGGUCUGCGAGGAAGUACAGGGCCGUCAUUGUCUUACCAACUUCCACGGCAUGGAUCUGACCACUGAUAAGUUGCGUUCGAUGGUAAAAAAGUGGCAAACGCUGAUCGAGGCACAGGUUGACGUGCGUACCACGGACGGUUUCGUGCUCCGGCUAUUCUGCAUCGGUUUCACUAAAAAGGCUCAGAACCAGGUGAAGAAGACUUGCUACGCCCAGCAUGCGCAAGUUCGUGCCAUCCGUCGCAAAAUGGUUGAGAUUAUGCACCGUGAGGUUUCAUCGUCCGACCUGAAAGAGGUCGUAAACAAGCUCAUUCCCGAGGCGAUUGGCAAGGACAUCGAGAAGAACUGCAUUAUGAUUUAUCCGCUUCACGAUGUGCACAUCCGCAAGGUGAAAGUGCUGAAGAAGCCUAAGUUUGAUAUGGGCAAACUUCUGGAGAUGCAUGGUGAAGGCAAAGGCACCUCAGGCGGGGGCAAGAGUACUGAUGGAAUGGCUGUAGACCGGCCAGACAAUUACGAGCCGCCAGUGCUUGAGGACGUCUAAAUCCAAGAGCACAUCUAAACGGGGAAGAUGUCUGUAAAAGAUAGUUCUGGCUGCGUUUAUCCUGAGCAAUCUUAAGGUAUCAGUGAAUAAAAAAAAAAAUAGCA